GGGAGAGAGCAAGAAGCAGAGAGGACCAAGAGGGAGGGUGGGGACCGAGGGAAGCUCCAGACACAAGACCCCGCGAAUCUGACAUACAAAGGCCAAGGCCGGGCCCGUGUGAGCGGAGGAGCCGCCGCCACCCUCGGCCGCGAUCCGCGGGUCUUGGCCACUCGGAGACCCCGGCACCCGGCGGGGACCUCGAGGACCUCCCGCCGCGAUGAGCCCCAGGCCGUGACCUCCCGAGCCCAGGACGCGCGGCGCCGGCUCAUGGCCCGGAGGUAUGAUGAGCUGCGCCACUACCCCGGCAUUACAGAGCACACAACGACCCUGGCCAGUUUUUCGGAGGCAGCCCCUUCAGUACCUCGAGCCCCUGGGCCCUACACCCCACACCGGCCUCCCCAGCCCCAAGCUCCAGCCUUGGACAGCGACAGCUUGAAGAGAGAGAAGGAUGAUAUCUAUGGACACCCCCUCUUCCCGCUCUUGGCCCUGGUCUUUGAGAAGUGUGAGCUGGCUACAUGCUCGCCCCGUGAUGGGGCCUCGGCUGGGCUGGGUUCGCCCCCAGGUGGUGAUGUCUGCUCCUCCGACUCCUUCAAUGAGGAUAUUGCUGCCUUUGCUAAGCAGAUCCGCUCUGAGAGGCCGCUGUUCUCUUCCAACCCGGAGCUGGACAACCUGAUGCUCUCCUUUCUUCCUCCCCUCUGUUUGCAGAUGGUCCAGGCCAUCCAGGUACUCCGGUUCCACCUGCUGGAGCUGGAGAAGGUGAGGGUGUCUCACUUGCACCUGCCCCACCCCCACCCUCUAACUCCUCUCUCCCUACUCCCCACUGGAGUGGAAGCAGAAUGCUCCCUCACCCUGUACACCCCAGCCCUGGCUCCCCCGGGUGGCCCCCCCAGUACCCCGCUGCCCUCCCAGGUCCACGACCUGUGCGACAACUUCUGUCACCGCUACAUCACCUGCCUCAAGGGGAAGAUGCCCAUAGACCUGGUGAUUGAGGAUCGGGAUGGUGGUUGCCGGGAGGAUCUUGAGGACUACGCAGCCUCCUGCCCCAGCCUCCCAGACCAGAAUACUACAUGGAUCAGAGACCAUGAGGACAGUGGGUCUGUACAUUUGGGGACCCCGGGUCCAUCCAGUGGAGGCCUGGCCUCCCAAAGUGGGGACAACUCAAGUGACCAAGGAGAUGGGCUGGACACAAGUGUGGCCUCUCCCAGCUCUGCAGGAGAGGAUGAGGACCUCGACCUGGAACGCAGACGGAACAAGAAGAGGGGGAUCUUCCCCAAAGUGGCCACCAACAUCAUGAGGGCCUGGUUGUUCCAGCAUCUCUCGCACCCGUACCCCUCAGAAGAGCAAAAGAAACAGCUGGCCCAGGACACGGGGCUCACCAUCCUGCAGGUGAACAACUGGUUUAUUAAUGCCCGGAGACGAAUAGUGCAGCCCAUGAUUGACCAGUCUAAUCGCACAGGGCAGGGUGCAUCUUUCAACCCUGAGGGCCAGCCCAUGGCAGGCUACACAGAGACUCAGCCACAAGUGACAGUCAGGACACCAGGAUCAAUGGGGAUGAAUCUGAACUUAGAAGGAGAGUGGCAUUACCUAUAGAGGCUGGAGUCAAAAGAAGGGUCCCAGCCUCUGACUAUGACCACCAGCCUUGCACCUAAUUGGUCCCUGCUGGUCCUUGGGCUUCAGGACUUCACCUCCAAAGCUCCCACCCCAUUCAACGCCUACCUCCCUGGGGCCCCCAGUAGCUUGAGGACCAAGAGCCCACUUGAGGGUCUCUCAAGGGCAAAGACAAGGCCUCUAGGUCCUGAACCCUUCUUCUGCCCUUCCCUUUGCUCAGGACCUGAGCCAAGAACUGGGCCAAGGUCUGAAGAAGAUGGUGUCUGGGGCCCCAAUACAGGACUGAGAAGAGACUAGGGUUGGGCAAGGAUGGUCAAGGAAGGAGGGUCACCUAGAUCCAAUGUUUGGGAGAAUCCUCCAUCUUCCUGCCCUCUGCCUCCCCCACCUCCCUUCUCUGGCAUUCUUCUACUUUUCCUUUUUUAAUGAUAAAGUCUUAAAAAUGCAAA